GUGCGCUCCCAUUGAAGGCGGACGCGAGUGACGCGCGGCGGGCUGUGUGGACGCUCCGUGGACGCACAACUUUUUUUUUUUUGCAUCCCACCAAAACACGCACACGCGCACAUAAGAAGGGCCGCGCGCACGCCGCUGACGUGCACGUUUGUGGAGUACGGUGCCAUGUGAGGAGGGGCGGCAGGAGGCGGAGGGGGGUUCGCAUGCAGCGCUUCUUGGAUAUUGUCAUAUUUGGAUAACGUUUUCUGGAGGCGAGGAGCCAAGAGUGGGCAUUUGGAAGGAUUAUUAUUCCCCUUUUUUCUACUUCUUUGAUUGAAUUGGUUCUUUGGAAUUGGGAUUGCAGUGUGGGUGUCACUUUGGCUGCAGAAGGAUGGCAGCUUGGUUCACCUUCACCGUCGCCUUCAGCACCAUGGCACAGGUGUUUGCCUCAGGUGUUUUUGAGCUUCACCUCCACGACUUUAAGAACCACAGGGGUCUGCUGGCCAACGGGUUGCCGUGCAAGCCCAGCUGCAGGACUUACUUCAGGGUGUGCCUGAAGAACUACCAGGCGGUGGUCUCACCAGGGGACUGCAUCUUCGGCAGCGCCCGGACGCCGGUGCUGGACUCCUCCAUCUCGUUCAGUGGAGCGCCACCCGGUCCCAUCCAGAUCCCCUUCAACUUCGGGUGGCCGGGCUCCUUUUCGUUAAUAAUCGAAGCCUGGCACUCUCCUCAUGGAAAUCUACCUGUAGGUCAACUCCUUCCAGAAACCAACAACCCAGACUUUCUCAUAAGCUUCUUCGCCAUCCAAAGACAACUGAGCGUGGGCAGCGACUGGUCACAGGACACGCAGAGCAGCGAGCAGACGGAGCUGAGGUAUUCCUACCGCUUCGUCUGCAACAAAAGUUACUACGGCGAGAGUUGCUCCAAGAAAUGCACGCCCCGGGACGACCGCUUCGGACACUACACCUGCACCAGGGACGGCCAGCUGUCCUGCCUGACUGGCUGGAAGGGGGAAUACUGCGAAGAACCCAUCUGUCUGGAAGGCUGCAGCGAGAGGAAUGGCAACUGCUCCAAACCUGGCGAGUGUGUGUGUCGAGAUGGCUGGCAGGGCACCUUCUGCGAUGAGUGCAAGAAGUACCCGGCGUGUAAGCACGGCACCUGCCAGCUGCCGUGGCAGUGCAACUGUCAGGAGGGCUGGGGAGGUCUAUUGUGUGACCAAGAUCUGAACUUCUGCACACAUCACCAUCCCUGCGUGAACGGUGCCACCUGCAUGAACACGGGCCAGGGGAGCUACACGUGCACAUGCAUGCCGGGCUUCACCGGCGUCAACUGCGAGCUGGAGAUGCAGGAGUGCGACAGCAAUCCCUGCCGGAACGGAGGAAUAUGCACCAAUCUGGAAAGCGGCUACAUGUGCUCGUGUCUGGAGGGCUUCGAGGGCUCGCACUGCGAGCACAGCCUGCUGACGUGCGUCGAUUCCCCCUGCUUCCAUGGCGGCAAGUGCUGGGAGAAAGACAACGGGCGGAGCUACAUGUGCGAGUGUCCCCGCAGCUACACCGGCCUCAACUGCGAGAAGAGAGUGGACAAGUGCACGUCGCUUCCCUGCGCUAAUGGUGGUCAGUGCCUGAUCCAUGGUGACACUCGAGUGUGCAGCUGUCGCGCAGGAUUUACGGGCCAGCGUUGUGAAAUCAACAUCAACGAGUGCGCCGGCAACCCGUGUGUCAACGAUGGUACCUGCCUUGACCGGAUCAACGACUACACCUGUUCAUGUCCCCCGGGGUACAUAGGACGCAACUGCGAAAGGGUCCCGGACGAGUGUCCCCUCCAUCCCUGCCUCAAUGGCGGCGUCUGCACCAGCAAGACCCCGGCAACUUGCGUCUGCCCACCUGGCUACAUUGGGCCCAGCUGCGAGUUCUUCGCCGCCGUGACUUCACAAGUGGGGGAGAUUCAAGAUGGCUUCCAGUGGGCGGCAGUGUCUCUGGCCGUGGGGUUAGUGGCGCUGUUGGUGUUGCUUUGCAUGGUGGGCUUGGCCCUGAGGCAUGUCCACCGGCAGGCUCGGAGGCAGUGUGAGGACACGGAGACCAUGAACAACGUGUCCAGCGCUCAGCGGGAUAACCUCAUUCCGGCGUCGCAGCUGAAAAACACCAACCAGAAAGUCAGCCUGGAGGUGGACUGCGACUCGGAGAAAUCGAACUUUAUCCAUAAAAAUCAUCACUUGGACCCUUACAGCUCGAAAACAAAAGAGUUUAAGGAUAUGAAGUCGCAAGAUGACAAAAGUCUUAUUUAUGACAAGUGUUUAGAAGACAAAAGACCCUUGAGUAGUGUGUGCAGUGAAAAGUCAGAGUGUAGGAUAUCAACGAUAUGCUCGUCCAGAGAUUCUACGUACCAGUCGGUAUUUGUCAUAGCCGAUGCGAGGAGGGAGUGUGUCAUAGCGACCGAGGUUUAAAAUGAGUGCCGUAGGAGAGACACACAAACACAAUCAAAGCAGAAUUGGAACAUUCUGGAUUGUUUACAAAUGCCGAGAAGAGACUUGGAGGUUGUUUUUGCGACAUGUCAGCCGCUGCUCUCUGGAACACUUGAGGACACGGUGGAGGAACAUUUUAAUUUAUCAUCUCUCGGAUGGUUGAAAAGGAGGCGAAGGUGGAUCGCCUGCCCGCCACUCAUUUUCUGGCCUUGUGUAGUAAUAAUCACGAUCACGACGAUGACUGACAGCCAGCCAAUCAGUGAAAGUUGCCUGAGAUUUUUUUUUUUCUAGCCCCACCCUCCUGGAAAGCCCUCCCUCCUGUUGGUCACUCCUGCCACCUUCGCCUUCUAUGCAAAAACAAAAACUCAGGGUCAACACCCACAAUCCAACGUCACAAACACUGAGAGUAAUGAAUGUCUGAACGUCUUCGAUUUGAGUUCACGAGCAGCCUUAAAAACGGGGGUGUUGGGGAUGGGGGGUUGGGGGAAGGUUAAAUUGCUAAAUUUGUGCCCUUGUCUCCUUUUGGAUUGUUUGCACUACAAAAAUGACAAAUGAAGAAAAUACUUUUCAAUCAGCAAAGACUUGCAGCAGUCAAACGUACGCAUAGGAAGCGUCUCUAUGCAACCUGAGCGAGACAAACACAAAAAGACUCACACCACCACUGCCUGCCUGCCUUUGACACAGUUCAAAACUACAGAACCACUAAUGUAAUUGUUUUUUAAAUGAUUUACAGAGUUUAAUUUAAAUACGACACAUUGCUCUUUAUAUGUUUUAUAAUAUUAUUUUGUAUAUAAUGCAUAUUUAUAAGGACCAAACUUCUGAGGAAUAAACUUUGUGGGAAAAAACGGUUUGAAGGUAUUUCGGAGGUGUUUGAUGCUCACAUGUGCUUUGUGUUUAUUGCUCUUCUAUGGAGGAUCAAUUUUAAUGACUGCCAUGGAACAAAUGUGACAUGGCUUGUGAAUAUGAACUCCAGCUGCACAUCACAUGACAUACAAGAUUUUUUUUUAACAUAGGAGACAUAAAACAAAGACCCCCACCCUCCAUCCCUCCCGCCUUAUUUCCUGACUGCCGCAUCACUACUUUGAGUAAUUCCUGGAAAUGCCUUUGGCUCUCGUCCCACCCUGUGUUCUCUCCCCGGACCCCUCAAAUUGGCUUGAAAUUCAAAUCCGUUUCCAUGGAGAACGGGCCCCCUCGAGCUGCAAACAGUGAAACAAAGCCCGGCCCCACCUCUCGUAAUGCUCUCAGGCACGCGUCACCCCGAAAACAGAUGCUACAAAGGGGGCAGGGGUAGGUUUGAGGGAAGGGGGUUAUUUAAAAAAAAAAAAAAAAAAAAAACAGCAGCAUAUGCCAGCUCUCAAGCACCCUUAAAAUAACAUACACACUUAUGAAUACACACUCCCCACUGGCGGCCUCGCCCUCCAGGGCAAAGAGUGAUAUUUUACUACCCGCUUCUGUACCACACACUCAGGAGCAAACAAAGCGGAGGGGGACUGGCACUGAGGGUGUCACCUCACCAAAGGGGAAGGGGUGAAGGGGUGGGCUCUACACCAGAUGGGAGGGCCGUGCAUGCGACGUAAAUCCUCGGAAAUAACAAAAACAUCUCUGUUUUGUGUUGGCUGACAUUUGGGAAUAUAUUGAGUGUCCUUAUAUGAAUCGAGGGCGUACAUUUCACCAUCCACUUCAGCCAAUAAGAUGUCGAAUUUGCUCGAGGGAGCUUCCCAAUGCAGCAAGAAGCUAAUAUCGCAGUCUACUUCGUAGGACUGAGCGAUUAAACGAUCUUAUCGAUUAGUUCAAGUUUAUUUUAUAUAUUUUUUGUGGUUUCCUGAGUUCAAAGCAUGUCCCUGCCGUCGUGCAUUGCUUACAUAAACAACAUUACUGUGAAAAAAGAGAGGAGCGAGUUUACAAAAGCAGAGUCAGUGUUGCCAACUUAAUAGAUUGAUCGCUAUGUUUAGUGACGAUUCAAAUAAAUCAAUAAAAUUGAUUAAUCGGCCAACCCAAUCCUUCAGAUGCAAAAACCUGCCAGAUACCAGUAGAGUCUUAUCAAACCAAGAGCGAUCGAACAAAAAAAAAGUGAACGUACCAAAAUAAAAUCAAUAACAGCACUAAACAUGGCUGAAUUGGAUGACACUGAAACACAAUAGACAAAAGUAAUUGGUAUCAACUUCUUUUCAUUAUUUGAGAAAAAGUGUCGCCAUGAAAAUCAAACUCAAAACAUGCUUCGAUGUCCACUGGUCUGAGCUCUCGGGAGACCUGCAGACGUCUCGCGUGGUGACGGUUCAACAUCAAGUUUUCACCCAAAUCUUGAGGUUGUACCGCAGUACACAUCUACACACACACACACACACCUUCACACAGUCCUCAUCACACACAACACCGCCGGGCAUUUUCAUUGUGUUAUAAUCGCAGCAUCCUGUUGUUUGUGACUGGCUGACAUCAGUUCCUGUUUCCUCUUUGAUUAAAACAAAAAAAUAAUAAAAUAAAUAUGCAGAGCA